AUGUCGCCUUCCAGCACAGAUAUGCGGCAAUACAAGCUCUUCCCGACAUACUUUGGCUUCUACAUCCUGGACUUCUCAGGCAACAACAUCACUGAGUUGGCCGGCCGGCCGAAAGGAGACUGCUCUUACGAUCUCUCACGCAAUCCCUUGAGUCGCAUCUCCGAGAUGUACUUCGCUUGGCCCAGCAGCUUGAACAUCCGAGAGUCUGGCUUCGACUCAGAAGCCGAAGGAUCGAUUCAGGGCCCCGACGGCCCGCGAAAGUGGGAGGACGUUUUUGAAAUCAGCAAUCAAUCCGUGAGAGCAGUGCGGAACAAUGGCGAGGGCUGGGAAUGCGAAUGGGUCAACUCCAGGGAGAACCCCUUCUUCGACCUAUGGAUAUCCCCGAAAACUUUUGCUCCGCGGCACCUAUGUACUUGCCUUGAGAACUUCGAAGACGACGGGACGGCUUGCAGGAAAUGUCCCACUGGCGUGACAUCUAUCCCAGAUGGCGAUACCAGCACCAGCCGAAGCCGGUGCUGCGCGUGCCCGGAGGGGAAGACGGCGGUGGGCGACUCUAACAUGUGCUACAAGUGUCUCGGGCCAGGAUGCACCCAUCGCGUGUGCACCGGCAGAUGUCCAAAGGGCUAUGGCGGGGCCCUAUGCUCAUACUGCGCAGACAAAUACAAGCGCGAUUUUGGCUCCAAGGUCUGUGAAAAGUGCCCACGUGACGGACGGUUUGGUGGUUGGACAUACGCGAAGUACAUCGGAAUCUGUGGGCUUUGGUUUGCAGGCCUUGGGGGUGUGCUCUGGUAUUUUGUCUACCACAAGGUGGAGAGAUUCAGCGGGAACGAGCUUGGUCAGAGAAAACAGGAGUGCAUUGAGCAGUCGUUGCUUCUCCUCACCUUUUUCCAGCUGCUGAAGACGGUGCGAUAUGCAGUCGACACCAAGUCGGCAGCAGGCGCCAAGAUGUCCUUCUUUGGUUACAGCUUCGACAUCCUCCGCACCGCCGUCCUCCUACGCAUCGGUGAUCUCCUCAAGCUGCUGGAUGUGGAAUGCGAUGUCGGCCAUUUGAACGGCCUGCUAAUUCAGCGGCUCAGCUCUGCUUUGCUGCUUCCGACACUCUGUUUGCUGGCCUUGGCUGUCGGUGGCUGCCGGGGCUCGCCGUUCUUUGCGCUCAGGUUCUGCCUCUUCGUGGUGGCCCUGCUGUUCCCGGGGACGAUUGAAGUGACCUUGUCGAACCUGAUUUGCGUCACGGCCGAUGAGGAGGGACUCCCCUUGCCGGAGAAAGACAGGUUCAACCAGGAGCUUCCUUGGGUGCCCUGCGACUCGCCGGCUGGUUUUCUCUAUGCUUUGUUGUGGAUCGCCUUCGUUUUGAAUGCCAUAAUCCUGCCUCUGAGCAUACUGAUUCUCGCGCGGUACAUGCAUCGAGAGGUGGAGCCGCUGUGGCUCUGGAGUCGCUGGUUGAAACCCAGCAACCUCUCUUCCAGCCCUGACGGCUUCACGCUCCGCUGGGACGUGCCGGCUGUGGCGCUCGUGGCCCGCUCUGCCAGCGGACCGGCGCAGGGGUCUGCAGAGCAGUACACACGGAUGCUGCAAAAGUCUUCACAGAUCUUCUUAGCGGCGCAUGCAGCCUUUCUGUGGGAGUCCAUGAGACACCCGCAGCAGCUGGCGAUUCGCACGAGUUUCCUAAAUGCUGGCCUCCCACAUGCAGACGCGGCGCAGCAGAACGCGAUGGCUUCCCACAGCCCGGCGGCUGAUGCGCAUCCGCUUCAACAAGCUCUCCUGUCGCUGUGA